CCAAUAUGUUCAGUAAGCUUGGUCUGGUUUAAUGAAUUUGAGGAAACGUUGAUAUUGUUAUAGUAUGAAACUUUAUGGCUUUAAAAUGUGAAUUAUUGUACCUAGAUAAUUGUAUUUUACUGUACAUGUGAUUGUUAGCUAAGAUUGUAUAAUUGCAUAAACAGAGUACAGGAAUGUUUGCCCCACAAAAAUAGGUGUAGUAAACUUUUCAGGCUUCAGAUAUUUAAGCUUUAGAUAUUGCUGGUUAUGAAAGUUUAACUUGUUUAGGUUAUAAGGUUUACUUCAAGGUUAUUUUAUGCAUAUGUUAAAUGUUCAUAAUUUUCUAAUUGAAACUUGUUAUGUGGAGAAACACUUCGUUUUUUUCUUUGGGGGGUGUUGAGCUACUUAGAACUGCCACUAGAGGGGGCAAUUAAGGAGAAAGUAUUUCAGCUAUCAAAGAAUGAAGUAAAUGGUAAAACUUUGCAUAAGGUAGCAAGCAGGAGUUGUUUUUUGUAUUGAAAAAUUAAUAAAUUGAGUAAAGAUGUGUUUUUAGAAUGUAAAUUUGAGUACUUUUGGUAAGAAUCCUAAUAAUAGCUCUGCAGUGGCCAUCGAAUCAGUGUUUCUCCUAGAACGUUUUAUAAUAUGUGAUAUUAAAUUUGCUUAAGAUUAUUUAAUGUGAAGUAAAUUUAGAUCAAGCAUUAGUGACUUUGAAACUUGUGUAGUUCAGCUGAGAGUUUUUUUGGUGUAACACAACUAAUAUGCAGUUUAACAUAUGGUUUAAAUUUGAUGUAAGUUUCUUUUUUCCCCCCCAGAAAACUUUAGAAACUGUUCCUUUGGAGAGGAAAAAGAGAGAAAAGGAACAGUUUCGUAAGCUCUUUAUUGGUGGCUUAAGUUUUGAAACCACAGAAGAAAGUUUGAGGAACUACUACGAGCAAUGGGGAAAACUGACAGACUGUGUGGUUAUGAGGGAUCCUGCAAGCAAAAGAUCGAGAGGAUUUGGUUUUGUAACUUUCUCAUCCAUGGCUGAGGUUGAUGCUGCCAUGGCUGCAAGACCUCAUUCAAUUGAUGGGAGAGUAGUUGAACCAAAACGUGCUGUAGCAAGAGAGGAGUCUGGCAAACCAGGAGCUCACGUGACUGUGAAGAAACUGUUCGUUGGUGGAAUUAAAGAGGAUACUGAGGAGCAUCACCUUAGAGAUUACUUUGAAGAAUAUGGAAAAAUUGAUACCAUUGAAAUAAUUACCGAUAGGCAGUCUGGGAAAAAAAGAGGCUUUGGCUUUGUUACUUUUGAUGACCAUGAUCCUGUGGAUAAAAUUGUGUUGCAAAAAUACCACACCAUUAAUGGUCAUAAUGCAGAAGUAAGAAAGGCUUUGUCUAGACAAGAAAUGCAGGAAGUCCAAAGUUCUAGAAGUGGAAGAGGAGGGAACUUUGGUUUUGGGGAUUCACGUGGUGGCGGUGGGAAUUUUGGACCAGGACCAGGAAGUAACUUUAGAGGAGGCUCUGAUGGAUAUGGAAGUGGACGUGGAUUUGGGGAUGGCUAUAAUGGGUAUGGAGGAGGACCUGGAGGUGGCAAUUUUGGAGGUAGCCCUGGUUAUGGAGGAGGAAGAGGAGGAUACGGUGGUGGAGGACCUGGAUAUGGAAACCAGGGUGGGGGCUACGGAGGUGGUUAUGACAACUAUGGAGGAGGGAAUUACGGAAGUGGAAAUUACAAUGAUUUUGGAAAUUAUAACCAGCAACCUUCUAACUAUGGUCCAAUGAAAAGUGGAAACUUUGGUGGUAGCAGGAACAUGGGGGGACCAUAUGGUGGAGGAAAUUAUGGUCCAGGAGGCAGUGGAGGAAGUGGGGGUUAUGGUGGAAGGAGCCGAUACUGAGCUUCUUCCUAUUUGCCAUGGGCUUCACUGUAUAAAUAGGAGAGGAUGAGAGCCCAGAGGUAACAGAACAGCUUCAGGUUAUCGAAAUAACAAUGUUAAGGAAACUCUUAUCUCAGUCAUGCAUAAAUAUGCAGUGAUAUGGCAGAAGACACCAGAGCAGAUGCAGAGAGCCAUUUUGUGAAUGGAUUGGAUUAUUUAAUAACAUUACCUUACUGUGGAGGAAGGAUUGUAAAAAUGCCUUUGAGACAGUUUCUUAGCUUUUUAAUUGUUGUUUCUUUCUAGUGGUCUUUGUAAGAGUGUAGAAGCAUUCCUUCUUUGAUAAUGUUAAAUUUGUAAGUUUCAGGUGACAUGUGAAACCUUUUUUAAGAUUUUUCUCAAAGUUUUGAAAAGCUAUUAGCCAGGAUCAUGGUGUAAUAAGACAUAACGUUUUUCCUUUAAAAAAUUUAAGUGCGUGUGUAGAGUUAAGAAGCUGUUGUACAUUUAUGAUUUAAUAAAAUAAUUCUAAAGGAAAUUGUGUAAUUAUAGACUUUUUAUUUUAAAUAAGUUAAGGAGUGGGUAGUAUAAUUAAGGUCCAUUGCAAAGCUGUUGUUACAUUUGUGUAAGAUUAAAUGCUGGUCAGAUAUAAGUGUGUUGUCUGCAAUUCAUCAGGGUUAAAUUAUCUAGAUAACUUAAGGGAUAUCUCUGCAAGGAGAAACACCUUUUUAGAUCUUUUAGAUGCUGCUUCUUCAAUGCAAGUAAAGGAAAUAACCCCAGCGAGGUACUCUUCAGGGACACAGGUCUAGUACAAGAAAACUCUUGACGGCUACUAAGUUCAGCCAGUCUUAAAAAACUGUGCUGUUUCUACAAAGCUUUAACUACAGUAGUUUAUAAGGAUGACAACGAAAGCUGAGGGUGUAGAGCAAAGUAGUUCUAAGCUUCAGUUAAACUUCUUUAGGUAAGAUCUUAUUUACUUUUUCUUUCUUAAUUUUCCUCCCUAAAAGAUUAAACUAAUAACUCUUCAAUGGUCUUUCAGUAUAGUGGUUCUUAUCUAGUUUAACAUAGCUACAAAUUUGAGUUUAACAAUUUAUAAACUCAAGAGAAUAUUUUUUAAUAAACCCUGUUUUCCAAAUCUGUCAUUUACUUAAAAUUAUUUUGGUUGUUUUUCCCUUUUUUUUUUCCUUCUUUCCCACCCCUUUGCUCUCCAUGAAGAUUCAGGUGCUUAACAUAUCAUUUUUUUCCCUGCUGGAAUUUUAGCAUUGAUAUGAACCAUGGACAAGUAUAUUCUGCUGCCACAAAGACUGUAAAGUGCUUCAUUUCAACAGCUGAGGCAAGCCAAGUGAUCAUUAAUAAAGCUUUUCUUGGUUCCUUCAGUGGUGUUGGUAGUAAAAUGGAAGGUGUCUUGCUGCAGGUAACUAAUGAAGAAGUGGUCAACCACAGAGUCUUCAAGAAAUAAGAAAUUCUGUACCAUCUGAAAGUAGUUCUUGUUGGUGCCUUCAUUUAAGAAGCACUCUUUUAAGAUUAAAGGGAAAUGUUUAAAACAAAAACUUGAUUUUAGUACAGGUUCUUGAUAACAAAAAAUGAGUGUGUGUAAAGAAGUAACAUCAGCUAGAGAUAAAUGUAUCAUGUUUUAAAUUAGGUUUUGUGAAUAGACAGAUUAAAUUUCUAUUUUAAAUAUAAAAUUUAUAAAAUAAAUACUUUUAUAUGCAAAUACUUGGUGUAAUGCUUACACAUAAAAUGUGUGGAACUUGUUCUAUUAACAUUCAACUGUCUACAAGAUUGCCAUCCCCUAAAAUUUUAAAGCAGUUUUCUCAAAGCUUAUGCGUACUUCACUAUUUUUAAUAUUAAUAGUCAAAUGAGAAAAGCAUUGUGGACAUUACUUACUGUCCUUAAUAAAAUGCUGUUAUUUAUGCACUGUA